AUGGAGAGAUACACCUGGAGAGUCCUGGUGACUCUUGGCCUUGUGGUGGCCGCCACAGCGUUGGAUCCUCAGCAAGAUGCACCGCUGAGCUACGAAGAGGCCGUUUCCUUAGGCAUUGACCUCUACAACCAGGAACCGGAGGUGGCUUUUGCCUUCCGUCUCCUGGAAGCCAGUCCCCAGCCGGAGUGGGAAUCUCAGUCUCUUCAGAAACUACAAUUCACCAUGAAAGAAACCAAAUGCCCAGUCUCUGAGGAGGUGUGGCUUGAACAAUGUGACUUCAAAGACGACGGGCUGGUGAAGGAGUGCUCUGGAUCUCUUUCUGUUGAGGAAGGGGCUCCUGUCAUACAACUCAACUGUGAAACUGUAGCUCAAGAGUCGCCCAGCCUCGACACCCGCUUUUUAAGGGGGGAGGACAGCAUUGCCCAUGCCUCCUGCUCCACCCGUGGCUGCUCCCUGGGCUGUGAGGCAGGCAGAAAGCGGGAAAGCGCUCACUGA